AUGCGUCGUCCGACCUCGGCCCUCCUGCAGACGCUGCUUCUGCUCCUUGCCUCGGCGUCUCCUUCGCCUCACAACCCUGACCUGUUAUCCUACGUCGACCCGUUGAUAGGCAGUGUCAAUGGAGGCAACGUGUUCCCGGGCGCCACCUUGCCAUAUGGCUUGGCCAAGGCUGUGGCCGACGUGGACGGCCAAAACACCGGCGGCUUCAGCAUGGACGGCAGCAACGUCACCGGCUUUUCCAGCAUCCACGACAGCGGAACCGGCGGAAACCCCAGCCUAGGCAACUUCCCGCUGUUUCCGCAGGUCUGCCGCGGCGACGAGCUGGACAAGUGCAUGUUUCGCAUCGGCGACCGCAAAGUCCCCUAUCGGAUGGACUCGGUCGUCGCCAAGCCCGGGCACUUUAGCAUCCGGCUCGCCUCCGGCAUCCACGUCAACGCCACCGUUUCGCGCCGCGCCGCCCUGUACAGGUUCAGCUUCCCCAGCUCCGACGGCAGCCAUCCGCUGAUCCUGCUCGACCUCACCGAUCUUUGGAAGAGCCGCCAGAAUGCCUCCAUUGCCGUGGACGAAAAGACGGGUCGCAUGGUGGGCAACGGAACCUUUCUCCCCAGCUUCGGCGCCGGGUCCUACCAGCUUCACUUUUGCGUCGAUUACUCUGGGGGCCGCGUUCACGACAGCGGCGUGUGGGUCAACAACCGCGCCGGGACGGAGCCCAAGGAGCUCUUCGUCACGCGCGGGUUCAACCUGUUUUACCUCGAGGCCGGCGGCUUUGCCAGGUUCGUCCCCGGCCCCGACAACACCAUAACGGCCCGGGUCGGGCUCAGCUUCAAGAGUUCUCGCCAGGCGUGCAGCAACGCUCAGGAGGAAAUACCAGAGCCUCUGGGAAGUUUCAACGACCUUGCCGUCGCAGCCCAGCAUGAGUGGCGGAAGAAGCUCGACCCUAUUUCCGUCCAGCCUGGCGGAGCAGACCAAGGCCUCUUGACCAGUUUCUAUAGCGCCCAGACGCAGAUGGUCCAGUCGUUGCUGGACAUGUACAAGCACGAAGGCUGGCUGCCCGACUGCCACAUGUCCAUGUGCAAAGGCUGGACGCAGGGAGGUUCCAACGCCGACGUGGUGCUGGUCGACGCCUACGUCAAGAAUCUCAGCUCCACCAUCGACUGGGAGCUUGCGCUCGAGGCCAUCGUCACCGACGCCGAAAGGGAGCCCCUGGAGUGGUCGUACCACGGGCGCGGCGGCCUGCAGAGCUGGCGCAAGUACCACUACAUCCCCUACCUGGACUUUGACCCUGCCGGGUUCGGCACCAACUCGCGCAGCAUCUCGCGCACCCUCGAGUACGCCUACGACGACUUCUGCCUGGCGACCCUGGCCGGCGGCUUGGGAAAGGCCCCAGAGCAGGCAAAGUAUCUGCGCCGCAGCAUGAACUGGCGGAAUCUGUGGAAGGAGGAUCAGGUCUCCGUCAUCAACGGCAAAGACAGCGGCUUCAAGGGCUUCUUGCAGCCAAGGUACAUGAACGGCACCUGGGGGUUCCAGGAUCCCAUCGCAUGCUCAGCCCUGGCGGGCUUUUGCUCGCUGACGUCGAAUCCAAGCGAGACGUUUGAAGCGAGCGUCUGGCAAUAUAUAUUCUUCGUCCCCCACGCCACCGCGUCACUCAUAUCGCUCGUGGGCGGCGACGAGGCCUUCGUCUCCCGCCUCGACUUCUUCCACAAAAGCGGCCUGGCGGACAUCUCCAACGAGCCCGUCUUCCUCACCGUCUACCUGUACCACUACGCCGGCCGGCCCGGCCUGUCCACCAAACGCGCCCACACCUACAUCCCCUCGUCGUUCAACAGCACCCACGGCGGGCUCCCCGGCAACGACGACUCGGGCUCCAUGGGCGCCUUCCUCUUCUUCUCCGCCCUGGGGCUGUUCCCCGUCGCCGGGCAGGAUGUCUACCUCAUCAGCCCGCCCUUCUUCGAGCAGGUCAGCAUCAGGCACCCGGUGACGGGGCGGACCGCGACCGUCCGCAACGUCGGGUUCGACGCCGCCUACGAGAGCGUCUAUGUGCAAAAGGCGACGGUGAACGGCAAGCCGUGGACCAAGUCGUGGAUCGGGCACGACUUCUUCACCGAGGGCUGGACGCUGGAGCUGACGCUGGGCAAGACCGAGUCGGACUGGGGGACGAAGCCGGGCGAUCGGCCCCCCAGCUGGACAGGAUGA